CGGGACGCGGCUGGUGGCCCCAGUUCUCACCUGCCCAGGUGUCCGCUGCGUCUGGGAGGUCCCGGCUGCUGACGACUCCUUAGCUCGGCUUCGGCGGGUCUGGGAGGUCCCAAAUCCAGGGCUCUGUUGGCCGCGGUGGUAGCACGGCGGCCGCCGCUGCGGGUCCUCCUCCCAACUUCGCCGGACUGCGGGCCCGCGGGGACUCCGAGAGCUGGACGACGCCUCCCAUCACCGCGGCGCGCCACGCCUGCCACGCCCGCGGCGCGGGGAAAUAAGAAGUGAGCGCCAGGCGCGCAGGGCAGGCGACAGUUCGGGCUGCGCUCCCUCGAGUCUCCAGUUUGCGCUCAGGGCCCCGGCAACCGUGCGGCCAUGGACCGGUCGCGGCAAAUCGGCACCUUCGUGGUGUGGGACUACGUGGUGUUCGCCGGCGUGCUGCUCAUCUCGGCCGUCAUCGGCGUUUACUACGCCUUCGCGGGGCGCAGCAAGCAGACUUCCGAGGACUUCCUGACGGGCGGCCGCAGGAUGACCGCCGUGCCUGUGGCGCUGUCCCUCUCCGCCAGCUUCAUGUCUGCCGUCACCGUCCUGGGCACCCCCACCGAGGUGUACCGGUUCGGGGCCGUGUUCAGCCUCUUUGGCUUCACCUACCUCCUCGUGGUGGUCAUCAGCGCGGAGGUCUACCUCCCGGUGUUCUACAAACUGGGAAUCACCAGCACCUACGAGUAUUUAGAACUUCGAUUUAACAAAUAUGUUCGUCUCUGUGGAACAAUCAUCUACAUCAUUCAAACAGUUUUCUAUACUGGAAUUGUUAUUUAUGCCCCUGCCCUGGCUUUGAAUCAAGUCACAGGAUUUGAUCUGUGGGGCGCAGUGGUGGCCACAGGGGUGGUCUGCACGUUCUACUGUACACUGGGUGGUCUUAAGGCCGUUAUCUGGACGGAUGUUUUCCAAGUCGGGAUCAUGCUGGCUGGGUUUCUGUGUGUAAUCAUACAAGCCGCAGUGGUUCAAGGUGGAAUCAGCAAUAUCGUAAAUGAUGCCUAUAAUGGUGGAAGAUUAAACUUCUGGAAUUUCGACCCCAACCCUUUGCAAAGACACACGUUCUGGACAAUCAUUAUAGGAGGGACCUUCACAUGGACCAGCCUGUAUGGUGUCAACCAGUCCCAAGUGCAGAGAUACAUUUCCUGCAAAAGUAGAUUCCAGGCAAAACUGUCUCUCUACAUCAAUCUGCUGGGACUCUGGGUCAUCCUCGUCUGUGCGGUGCUCUGCGGGCUCGCCCUCUAUUCCAGGUACCAAGACUGCGAUCCCUGGACAAACAAGGAAGUGUCUGCGCCAGACCAGCUCAUGCCAUAUUUGGUACUGGACAUCCUGCAAGAUUAUCCAGGACUUCCUGGGCUUUUUGUGGCCUGUGCUUACAGUGGAACGUUAAGCACAGUGUCCUCUAGUAUUAAUGCCUUAGCAGCAGUAACUGUGGAAGAUCUGAUCAAACCACGCCUGAGAUCAGUUUCAGAAAGAUCUCUGUCUUGGAUUUCCCAAGGAAUGAGUGUGCUGUUUGGAGUCCUGUGUAUUGCGAUGGCUGCUCUGGCAUCACUAAUGGGGGCUCUGUUGCAGGCAGCACUUAGCAUAAUCGGCAUGAUCGGUGGACCGCUUCUGGGCUUGUUUUCUUUGGGCAUUUUGGUUCCCUUUGCCAACUCAACUGGAGCACUCGUUGGUCUGUUGGCUGGAUUUGGUGCUUCUUUCUGGGUCGGAAUUGGAGCUCAGCUUUAUCCCCCUCUUCCUGAGAGAUCCAUGCCGCUUCCCCUCCAAACCAGUGGCUGUACUAAUAGCACAGGCAAUGGGACAAAUUGGAUGACAACUACAGAAAUGCCAUUUUCUACUAGUGCUUUUCAAAUACACAAUGUUGAAAGGACUCCACUCAUGGAUAACUGGUAUUCCUUAUCGUACCUGUACUUCAGCACCCUUGGGACUUUGGUGACGUUACUCGUGGGAAUGCUUCUCAGUUUAUUAACAGGAGGAAGAAAACAAAACUUAGACCGCAAAUUUCUCUUAACUAAAGAGGAUGUUUUAUCAACUUUUGACAUUUUUAAGAAAAAGGACCGUGUUUUAAGCUAUAAAUCUCAUCCAGUAGAAGAUGGUGGAACCGAUAAUCCUGCUUUCAACCACAUUGAAUUGAACUUCACAGAUCAAAGUGGCAAGAUCAAUGGGACUCAUUUGUGAAACAGCUGUGAUACUAGAUGACCCUACCCAGUGUCCCAGUUUUCUGUGUUUUCAAAGAUAAUCCGAUCAGGGUUAGGCAUUUUUUUUUUUUUGUUCUGUCACGAGUGUUUUGGAGGAAACUUUUGGGGGAUAAAAUUUUGUUAGGCACAGUCCUGACUUUCCUCAUUGACUACACUCAUUAAUGAUGCUGCUCUGGAGUUCAGAGUGUCUGUGUCAGCAUUCCCGUGUCUCACUGCUUUGUAUCCAUGAAGCUAUCGUUGUGAAAGUUAGGAUCCCCUAUGUGCCAAAAGGAUAACACACACAUACACACAUAUUUGAUGGUCAAAAGCAUAUUCUUAAAUUCAGACAUUAUUACAAAUAUUUUUCCACACUUUUGGUGCUAGCAUAUAAGUUUGAAAUGCACUUCUCUCCCUCCUACUACAUACUCUAUUCUUAGGGAGAAAUGAAGCAACAGGUCUGCGUUGUGUGUAUCUUUACUUUUCAUUGACCGUUCCCAGCCCAGGGCACACAUUAGCCUUGAAACCAAUUCUGGCUCAGGGAGGUAGUAAUCAAGAAACGUACUGUUUGGGACAGAAUAUGGGUCCAAUUAGCAAGGUCUUCUUGGUGCCAGCAUCUAUUCAUAUGCCUUGUAGCUUGUUAGCUAGAGUUCCUGGCCACCGGCUGCUUGUAUUGCCUUUCUUAGACUCUGGGUCUCGUGUGCACUCCUAGUUUCUUUCGCAUCAGCGUUGGUUUUCUUGUGCACUUUACCUUUGCUUGCCUUCCUAAUUUCCUGUUUACCCUAUUGUCUUGAGAUGCCUCAUGGGAAUCAUGCUAACCCACAUCCUGGUUCACUAAGCCCUGGCCUAUAAAUCAUAAACACCCAUGAGCCUAGUACUGACUAAAGUACCUUCGGCGUAGGUACUCAUGCAUUUGGUGAUUCAAGGACAUUCACAUGAUUAAAAAUGGUUAAGCUCCUUGGAAUUUCCCUUGAUGAUUACAGUGAAUGCCAUUAAGUUGAAUUUUUGAAUGUCAACUACUUUGUAAUCAACUGAAUUUAAUGAUACAUAUGCUUAGAAAUCCUGAAUUCUAGUAUAUCCUCCCAGUUAAAGAGCUAAAUUACAUAGGCAAACACUAGUUUUCUUUAAUGUUCUGGAAUUACUAAAUGUAUGGUUUGUUCCAUGUUUUAACAUUUCAAGUAGGAGCCUUGAAGUUUAUUUUGUUUAUUUUGCUACAUUUAUAGCUAAGAGUUUGGUAAAUAUUAAGGCUUUCCUCAAUAACUUUUUUCCCUGUAGUGCCCAUAUUAGAUAUUGUUUAGAAGAUUUUUUUAGCUUUGCAAUGUUUUAAAAUAAUUUCAGAAGUAUUUAUGUACAUUAAUCUAUUUUAUAAUUAAAUAUGUUUCUGCUUUUUUCUGAUAUUUAGGGAAGCAUGCUCAUUUAUGGUAGCUAAUUGAAAGCAUUAAGAAAUAAAAAAUAGGAAGUAGCAUUUAUCUAAAACAUGGAUUUAUAUAACAGUUAAGUAACAAUGUAUUCAUAUAUUUUAUAUGUGUAUAGAUAUUAUUUUUAAAUCAGUGUAUUUGUAAGCACAUUGAAUUUUGUAAAUCUGUAAAUUUGAAUGAGUAGAAAGACAAUCUUUUUUUGUUUUAUGUGAGUGUGAUUUGAACUGUUGUUAUUUAUUUGAUAAUUCUAAAUGCACAUGUGUGUAGAACUCUUCAGUUUUGGAAAUCAAUAUCAGGUCAUUUAAAUAUUUUCUUCUCAUAUCUGACUGCCAAGGGGUUUGCAGUGUAUUUUUAGUGAGAGAGAAGGUACUUCCAUUUUUCUCCACUUUCUUUUACCACAGUGUGUCUUUGUGAUUAGGAGCUGUUGAGCUUUUACUUUUAUAAAUAUGUGACUUUCAGAUACAAGUUGUUUUUUCUUUUCAAUGAGUAUAUCGGGGUGACACUGGUUAACAAAAUUAUACAGGUUUCAGGGGCAUAGUUCUACAAUGCAUCAUCUGUACUCUGUUGACCUUUUACUUUCAUGGAUAUUUGAGUGGCAGAUAUAAUUAUUAAGAAAAGUUAUAUUAUUCUUAAUUAUUAAAAAUUAUUUAUUUAAUCUAAAUCUUUGGGCAAAAUCAAAGAAAUAACCUAAUAUUCUUAAUUAUUUUUUAUCAUAACAACUCGAAUGGGAGGGAAAAACCCACAUAAGUUGUCUAUUUUUGUCACUGACAUGUUGUGAACCUUGAAUUUAUUAUUUAUUUCCUCUAAUAAUGAAACAUAAUACUAAACAUCUACCUCACAGAAAUAAUGUGAGUAUCGAAGAUCUGAUAGCACUUUAUUAACUCAAAUAGUGUUACUUUGAACCUCAGUAUGAUUGGAAAUCAAAAUUUGAAACAAAGCUCAUUUAGUAAUUAAAAAUACUGAGCUGUUGUCCUGGCUGGUGUGGCUCAGUGGAUUGAGUGCUGGCCUGUGAAGCAAAGAGUUGCCAGUUCAAUUCCCAGUCAGGGCACAUAUCUGGGUUGUGGGCCAGGUCCCCAGUAAGGAGUACUUGAGGCAACCACACAUUAAUGUUUUUCUCCCUCUCUUUCUUCCUCCAUUCCCCUCUCUCUAAAAAUAAAUUAAUUAAAUCUCAAAAAAAUACUGAGUUGUUAAUAAUUUGCAAUGUAAUAGUAUGGAGAUUGUUUCUUCUCUGAAAAAUGUGUCAUAGAAAUAUCAAAAUACAGUUUGUGGUCAGCAGGAUUACUCUAACAGAGAGAACACAAACUUUAAAGAAGGCUCUAGACCAGUCAUCUUCACUCCACAGAGAACUAAAGUUUUAUAUGUAGGAUGUAAAAAAGUAUAAAUUGUAUUCAUCUAUGUAGGUGCUCAUGCAAUCAUUUUCUCUCCAGACCAAUGGUUCUCAAUGGGGAAAUUUUGCACCUUAGGAGACAUUUGGAAAUGUUUGGAUACAUUUUUGGUUGUUCAUAGGUGACAAGGAGGUGGUAUUGGCAUCUAGUGACUACAACUUAGGGAUGGUGCUCAACAUCCUUGAUUUGUACCUCUGCAACAAAAAAUGGGCCUGCCCCAGGUAUAAUAGUGUCAAGUUUGAGAAAUCCUGUCCUGGAGGCUAAGGUUGCAAUCUUUUUUUUUUUUACUUUAUUUUUAUUGUUUCCACUAUUACAGAUACCAGGAUUGUAGUCUUGAUUUUCCUUAAGUCACACACCCUGGUUACAUUCCUUCAGGGAAAUUGCCAUGAGUCUUCUAACUGAGCUUGCUCACCUACAGGUGAAGAGUAAAUGCCACUAGCGUAUGCAAUGUUAAGAUGUAGAAUAAUGACCUGUAUUUUCACAGCAUUUUGAAAAUAUUAAGGAUAAUAGAAUUGUAAGUAAUUGUGAAAACAACAGAGUUUUGUUUCCCAACAUGAUUUCCAGAAUUAACACAUGUUAAGAUGAAGGAAAUAUGAAUAUGAAGAUUUUAUAAUAUUGUUUUUUAUGAAAACCCCAUAAAGUAUAAUUUAUUGUUAAGAAUUAUGUGUCUGUCCAGGAUGUACAAUAGCUACAGAGGGGAACUGCUCUCUGUGUUGAUUCUUACAGAAAAUUCUGAUGUUUUUUUCAAUAAUGAUUGUUGAUAUGAGGUCAAAUGAGUUCAUGACCAUUUAGUUUCUGAAAAAUCACUGUACAACUUAGUGAUGAUAAAAUUUACUUUUAAAUUGUGUGCCCAUUGUUUGUGAAAAAGCUUGAGAGACUUGAAAAUUAUCAUGUAAAACCUGGCUGCAUUUCUGAUUUUUCAACUUGAUUAAAUGCUCUACACGUGUCUUUGAA